AUGGUGAGCCUCCUCAUCGACGUGCAAGAGUUUGAAGAUAGCAAGAAGCUAAUGGAUCAGAGGAGAGUCACCAUCUACCGGAACCACGCUCUCGGCCACGAGCAAUUGAUGCACGACUACUUCGCGGAGGUACCGACAUACCCACCACGCCUCUUCCGGAGAAGGUACCGAAUGCGCCGUAGUUUGUUCGUGAAGAUUGUCAAUGAUUUUGCGGUCGCCUCAGAUUAUUUCAAGCAUCGUAGAUCCGCCGCCGGUAUCAUGGGGUUUAGUGGGUACCAAAAGAUAUCGGCGGCAAUGCUGGUGCUCGCCUAUGGAAUACCCGCGGACUACACUGACGAGUAUCUUCGCAUUGGACAAGAUACAACCACGGAGUCCGUACGUAGGUUUGCAAAAUUGGUCAUCCCGUUGUAUGGUGAUGUGUAUCUUCGAGCACCCAACGAAGAAGAUACAAAGAGAUUGAUGAAGAUGAAUGAAAAAAGGGGAUGGCCGGGGAUGCUUGGUAGUCUUGAUUGCAUGCAUUGGACAUGGAAAAAUUGUCCAAAGGCAUGGCAAGGCAUGUAUUGCGGUAAAAGCCGUGAUGCAACCAUUGUGCUUGAGGCCGUGGCAUCGGAGGACACAUGGAUUUGGCAUGCAUUUUAUGGUUUGCUGGGCACACUCAAUGAUAUCAAUGUGCUCAAUAGGUCUCCUUUGUUUGCAAGAUUAGUUUCCGGGGAUGCUCCUACUUGCAACUAUAAUGUCAUGAACAAUGAGUACUCAAUGGGAUACUAUCUCACCGAUGGCAUUUAUCCCGAGUGGGAAACUCCUGUGAAGUCCAUCAAAGAGAAAAAUGUGGUGCCAUUAACCAAAAAAGAGGCUCUUUUCACCAAGGCACAAGAGGCAGCCCGCAAGGAUAUUGAGAGAGCUUUCGGUGUUUUGCAAGCAAGGAAAGAAACAGUUCUCGCGUACAAGCUUUUCUUGAAGCACAUGGUCAGAUUGAGAAUGAAAAGACUCAUGCCCAGCUCCGGGAUGAUCUAG